AUAAAUGACAAUACCAAAGUUUUGCCAUUACAACGAACCGAUGUUGGUCAGUCGGAAGUUAUUAUGGGUGCGACAAAGUCCAUUGCUCGUUUGGAUGAUCCACGUUUCAAUAUCAGACCGGUACAGCAAGUUGCAUCAGCAUGCACGGGAGCAAUGUUGACGGCAUGUUUUAUGACUCCGUUGGAUGUAAUCAAAACUCGUUUGCAGGCCCAACAGGCCAAGAUGUCGAACAAAUGUUUUCUUUACUGCAAUGGGUUAAUGGAUCAUUUGUGUCCGUGUGAUGCCAAGGCUUCCUUUCCGGAUGUUAAACCUAUUAAACCGCUAAAUGGGACAGUUGAUGCAUUUAUCCAUAUAAGCCGCACAGAGGGUAUACGCUCCCUGUGGUCCGGUCUGGGACCCACUCUAAUAUCAGCUCUUCCAUCUACAAUUAUAUAUUUUGUUGGCUAUGAACAAUUCAAAUCGAAAUUUUUAGAAUUUCACUAUAAGUACCUGGCCGAAGUUAAAGGUUCUCCCCGCGGUCGUGACAUCCCACUGCUGGUGCCGCUAUUAGCUGGUGUUACGGCACGCAUAUGUGCCGUAACCUUUGUAAAUCCUGUUGAGCUUAUACGCACCAAAAUGCAAUCGGAAAAAAUGACAUACGCCCAAGUGACAACCGCCAUACGAAAUGUGGUACAAUCACAAGGCAUAUGGGGUCUGUGGCGUGGUCUACGUCCCACUAUACUGCGUGAUGUACCUUUUUCGGGCAUUUAUUGGGCAUCAUAUGAAUCGAUUAAAACGCAUUAUGGUGUGAUUGAGCCAACAUUCGCAUUCAGUUUUAUAGCGGGUGCUAUUUCUGGUUCGAUAGCGGCAACAAUAACAACCCCUUUCGAUGUGGUGAAAACUCAUGAACAAAUUGAAUUUGGCGAAAAAGUUAUAUUUGCAGAUAAACCAGUCAAACAAUUACCCACCGCAAGUCUAACAAAACGCCUUGCCACAAUCUAUGCCACUAAUGGUGUUUCUGGUCUAUUUGCCGGUUUGGGACCGCGACUCUUUAAGGUCGCCCCGGCAUGUGCUAUAAUGAUUUCUACAUUCGAAUAUAGUAAAUCAUUUUUCUAUCACUACAAUGUCGAACAGCAUAGUGAAAAAAUGCGAAAUCAAUAA